AUGACCUGAUUUUCGCGUCCUAUUAGGACGAAAAACCCUAUUGUGUACUUCAUCAUGACAUGAUACGAUUUCACAUUUCAUAAAGGCCGAUAAUUACCAAUCAGAACCGGUAUAACAUUUCAUCAAUUUACUGUUGAUCAUCAUGGGAGGAUCAGAAUCACUACCUGAGGUAGCACUGACCAUGGAUCGCGUGGUUCUCAUCACCGGUGGGAAUACAGGUAUUGGAUAUGAGACAGCUAAAUGGAUAGCUAUGAGGGGAGCAAGAGUAAUCAUUGCCUGCAGAUCAGAGGAACGAGCAAACGCCGUGAGUGUCAUCAAGAAAAAUAAUGCUAUCGAACGGAUGCAGGUAGAGUUUAAAGAAGAAAAGUCCAAAGGUACGCCCAGACUUUGUUCCUGUGAAACUCUCGCCUUGGAAUUCAUGGCUUUAGAUCUAGCAUCUCUCAAAUCUGUGGAAAACUUCAUAGAUAAUUUCAAAGCAAAGGAAAUUAAACUCCACGUCUUACUUUGCAAUGCAGGGAUUGCUCUACAUGCACAAGAGUACACGGAGGACGGAUUUGAGAUUAUGUUUCAGGUGAAUUAUCUUGGUCAUUUCCUCUUGGUUGCCAAGCUGUUACCUUUAAUGCUGAACUCGGGUGAGGAUUGCCGGCUUAUCUUUGUUUCCAGUGAAGCAUAUCGCGCUUCCAGCUUUGAUUUAGAUAAAGCACAAGGAAAGCAUCAUACCAAAGAAAAUUUCAAGAGAAUCAUGUAUUAUGCAAACUCUAAACUUUAUCAGAUCAUGCAGAUGUACGUCCUAAAUAGGCAAUUACAGAAGACAAAUGUAACUGUUAACAGUUUACAUCCUGGCAUUGUUGAAACAGAAAUUACCAGAAGUUUUACUGAUUUGCAGGCAUGGAAAGUCUUCCUUCAGCUAGCUAAACUUGUGCAGACGUCACCACUGACGGUGAAGGGCUACAAAAUUUAGGUAUAUGCUCGGCGCUUUUGGCCUUGAAACAGGGAGGAAUCUAAUCAUCGUGCCACACCUGCUGUGAUACGGGACCUCGGUUUUUGCGGUUUCGUCAGGACCGCCCCAUUUUGUCGCCUUCUAUGACAAGCAAGGGGAUAGUGAGGACCUAUUCUAACCCGGAUCGUCACGGUAUAUGCAUUCAUGUUGUGUCUGGAAUACUUCGUUUUCACACGUUUGAAUUUGAGUUACGAAAUAUUGGAUAUAUCAUUCAGCAUUUCAUCAAAAGGGCGUUCAUAUUGUUCAUACUAUUGAUAGAAGAUAGCCGGUAGGAGCCAUGUUUUCCUGCUCUUCGACCCCCUCUUCAUAUAACGUAGUUCCACAAGGACUUUCGCCGCAAUUAUUUGUGUAAUUGCUGACCAGUCCGAUGCCACUGCACAUGCUCUUUAUCAGUGUGGACAGUUUAUCAACAACUAAACGAUGUUUACUAAAAUCAAUUUCCUUCCAACGAAUGUCUCUAAAACGGUCAUCAGAAACAAGGUCAAGAUAUUCCCUAUGCAAGGUGAAGAUAACGAACAAUGAUCAAUCUAAGUUUCGUCAAAUUCUUUAGUAGUGUGCGUAUUUUGAAAGUCCAUGUUUUGAUCAUUCACAACGUCCUCAUUGAUAUCAAACUUCAUAAAAUCGAAAUUUCCAAAAUCAUCCUUCACAUUAACGGAAUCAACAAAUUGAGAAAUAGACAAAUUAUCCAUAAAUUAUGCAUAUUGAUGGCGUGCAAAUAUUGCGCAGAUUUCCCUCGACUUUCGCUCUGGUACAAGCUACUAACCGAAUAUAUUUAUGACGGUUGGCAAUAAAUACACCAUGCCUUAUUUCGAAAAUAACUUGGGCGAAAACAGCCUUCGUCCAAUUUCCAAAACGGUAUAUGGUGUAUUUCUUGCAAACCGUCAGAAAUACAUACAGUCACUAUCACGAGGCCAUAUCUUUUUAAGUAAUGGCAAUAGAUUUAACAAUGUAUUCAAGGAAUAGAUUUUAUUUUUGAAAAUACUUAAGGGUAUAAACUACAACACUUCACUCCGGCAUACUUUUCAUGAAACGCGACAAAAUUGAAAUCAGUUUUAUAUUUACAUUCAACUUUAAUUUCUGUUGGAAUUCCUAGCCGUUAGAUUAGACUUACUAUAUUCAUCAAGAUUCAUACAUGCAGUGUUCAAAACUACAAUGCAAUCUUGUAGAAAAGGCAUCAUUACAAUUUGUAAAGAUAUCAAAAGCAAAGACAUUGGAAAUGUAAAUAUAUUUACGUACUGAAUGCUAAAUGAACCAUAACAAAAUUAUUCAUAUAAAAAUUAACGAUAGGUGACUAUAGUAAUGAGAAUUGAUACUUUGCUUUAUACUAUGAAAUAAAAUUCUACAUUUGAAAAUUUUGGUAUCAUACUAGUGUCAGUAGCGGAUUUAAGGGGGUCUCUUCUUUAUAAAACUAUGAAAGAAGCAAUAACUUCUUCCACUCUCGGAGAAAUAAAUGACAAAUUCUUUUGAUUUGUUGAAUUACUUUUAUUGAGAGAGCUUAAAUUUUUUCCAAAAAUCCACACAAUUUGCGUCAUUUUAUCAAUUUCACCUUAUUAAAAAUGACAGAAAAUAGUAAAAAUGGCUGCAUAGGAGACAUAUUUCAAACCCUAUAAAAUCUGUAAAAAUCCAAGAGCUUCCGGGGCUUUGCCCCCUAAGCCCCCACCAGGGCUUCGCCCUGGGCCCACUAGGGGCCUCAAGGCGGCCCCAAGACCCCCUGCCUCAUACAGUUGCGCCCCUAACCGCGAUUCCUGGAUCCGCCCAGCGGUGUUGUGUAAUACAAUUGUGCUUGAUUUAAACUUGUGACCUAGACAAUAUUUGAAACGUUCUAUUUUUAGAACGGUGUCUGUUUCUUCAAUGUUAAGAUUGCAUUAUAUCUACAUAACACUAGUUUUGCUAGAAACGAAAGCUCUGAAAAACUGCAUUUGAGUACAAUUACACCAUGAAUUGUGUGAUAUUAAGCACCAGUUUGGAAUCAUUUAGCAUUGAUUAAGAUCUGAGGAUUUUGGACGGAUUUUGGACUGAAUUUGGAUUAAACAACCGAUUUGUGACACUUUACAUUUACGUGUGGGAAUUCAGCUUGGCAUUACACCAGCAUCGGACACUGAUUAUGUAUAUCUAUAUGUAAGUUAAUGAUUUUUCAUAUUGAUAUGUUUUACUUUCAAUGAUUGUAAAUAAAUUGUAUUAAGGUAGUACUCUACAUCGUCAUAAUGGCUGACUUCCUUUAAAAACAUGGAUGACAAAAUCGAUAUCAGCAAUAUUUGGCUUUUCCUUUUCCAUUUAAAUACCUAGACGAGUAGUUCAGUAGGUUAGAAUACCGACUGUUGACCUGUAGGUCGCAGGUUCGAGUGCAGCAGGGGGUUUAAUUUUUUUUUCAGAUUACCUUCUACUAAAACUGUAUUUUUUGACAAAAUAAAGUAAAUUUGAAAAUUUUCAACUUCAAAAUAUUUUUGUACAUAUCCUCCACUUUUCAUCUACAUAAAAUUUCUCUGGCGUAGCACACCUCCUUAAAUCUUUGAACUGAUUUUGUGAUUAAUUUCGGAUGAAUUGAGAGUUAAUUCUGACACAUAAUAUAAUUGGAUGGUCAUUCGGGAUAAAGAAUUAUAGCAUAUUUGAAGAUUUAUAUUUCAUUUAUUUAAUUUAUCAAAUUCCAUAGCCAGCAUAAACCUUUUCUUCAAUAACUGAUUUUCUUGCCUCGCCGGAUGUUCACGUUGUUGGUGUUUUCAACAAAAAUGAGUUGGUUAAAUUACCUGUACAAUUUGGAUUAGAGAAUAUUAAAACUUCUCUGAAAACACAGGAGAUUAGAGAUAAGGUUGCCGAAAAACUCUUGCAGGAAGAAAGUUUUACGUCACAUGCUUUUCUAAAAGAAACCAAACUUUCAAGAAAAGGCAAUAGAUGGUAUGUUUGUCCCACUUUCUUACAAAGUGUAUUGAUUGGCAAAGCGGUCGAGGCAUAUUCAGCGAUGGCCAUAUCUGAAAGUUCAGAUUAAGAAAAUAACAAAGCCCUCGAAU